AUCCCACUUUCUUAAGUCAGAGAGCAGCAGUAAAGUGAAGGUUUGAGUUCACAUAAUCACUGUCCUCCCUGUGCUUCUGCUGCUAAACACUCCACAUCCCUCAGCUCCUGUUUCCCUGUCUGGAUAAAGUUCUUGCUACUCAGCCUAGUCCCUUUCAUCAUCCACUGGAAGUUUUAGCAGCAAUUUAAUCCCAACAAGAGGCAUUUAAAGGGGAAGAAGAAGAUGACUAAAAGCAACGGGGAAGAUCCACGUUCAGGGAACAGGAUGGAACGCUUCCAGGAAGGGGUUCGCCAGCGUUCACUGAUGGCCAAAAAAAAGAUGCAGAACAUAACAAAAGAUGAUGUGAAGAGUUUCUUCAAGCGGAAUGGCUUUGUUCUUUUUACUGUCUUCGCUGUCAUUAUUGGAAUCAUCCUGGGAUUUUCUGUCCGAAAGUAUCACAUGACGUUCAGAGAGAUCAAGUACUUCUCCUUCCCAGGGGAGCUGCUCAUGAGAAUGCUGCAGAUGCUGGUCCUCCCUCUGAUUGUAUCCAGCUUAGUGACAGGAAUGGCUGCUCUUGACAGUAAGGCAUCAGGAAAGAUGGGUAUAAGAGCCGUGGUAUAUUACAUGACGACAACGGUGAUUGCGGUGUUCAUCGGUAUCAUUAUUGUCAUAAUAAUCCACCCGGGAAAGGGCAGCAAGGAUAAAAUGCACCGAGAAGGAAAAAUUGAGCGAGUAACCGCGGCUGAUGCUUUUCUGGAUUUAAUAAGAAAUAUGUUUCCUCCUAACAUGGUAGAAGCCUGCUUUAAACAGUUCAAGACAAACUAUGAGAAGAAACUGUUUCGAGUCCCUGUUCCACACAAUGAAUCACUGCUAUCAUCAAUAGCCAAUAAUGUAUCUGAAGCCAUGGAAUCAUUGGUCAAGAUGAGGGAGGAGAUGAUACCCAUCCCAGGAGCAGUGAAUGGAGUCAAUGCCCUUGGACUUGUGGUUUUCUCAAUGUGCUUUGGGCUGGUCAUUGGGAACAUGAAAGAACAAGGGAAAGCUUUGAAGGACUUCUUUGACUCCCUCAAUGAAGCAAUUAUGAGAUUGGUUGCUGUAAUCAUGUGGUACGCACCAAUUGGUAUCCUCUUCCUGAUUGCUGGAAAGAUUGCCGAGAUGGAAGAUAUGGGGGUGGUUGGAGGGCAGCUUGGAAUGUACACCAUCACAGUUAUUGUAGGACUGCUUAUACAUGCUUUGUUUGUUUUACCGCUCCUCUACUUUUUGGUAACACGGAAAAACCCAUGGGUUUUCAUUGGUGGAUUGAUACAAGCCUUAAUCACUGCUCUAGGAACCUCCUCAAGUUCUGCUACAUUACCAGUCACAUUUAAAUGUCUGGAAGAGAACAAUGGUGUGGACAAGAGAGUUACAAGAUUUGUGCUGCCAGUAGGAGCCACAAUCAAUAUGGAUGGCACUGCCCUCUAUGAAGCCCUGGCUGCCAUUUUUAUCGCUCAAGUCAACAAUUAUGACCUGAAUUUUGGGCAGAUUAUCACAAUCAGUAUCACAGCUACAGCUGCCAGCAUUGGAGCAGCAGGAAUCCCUCAAGCUGGUUUGGUCACCAUGGUUAUUGUUUUGACAUCAGUGGGGCUUCCAACAGAAGACAUCACAUUGAUCAUUGCCGUAGACUGGUUUUUGGACCGUCUUCGUACCACAACCAAUGUACUUGGAGACUCUUUGGGUGCCGGCAUCGUAGAACAUUUGUCAAAGCAGGAGCUUAAGAGAGGUGAUGCUGAGAUGGGCAAUUCAGUCAUUGAGGAGAAUGAAAUGAAGAAACCAUACCAGCUUGUCUCCCAGGAAAAUGAAACAGAGAAACCCGUAGACAGUGAAACUAAAAUGUAAAAGACCCGAUCACCUCUUACAUUUCUUCGUCUCAUAGAAACACAGUCAUGCCACUUCCCUCUUGCACUCUGGUGUGAUACCAAGAACACAUACAUAAAACAAAAAGAACUAGCAGGUGCCAAAAUCCCUUAUAAAUACAAAUGUUAUGAUUAUUUUAAAAUCUCUGCCUGCUUAGAUGAAAUAAAUCUGUAUAGGAAAUUUGUAUUAUCACGAAUUGGAGGAGACUAGAGUAGUGGUCAUGGUUUUAUUGGAAACAGAAAGUAACUGUAUUCAGCCUUUACUUGCACAAACAAUAGAUAUUGUAAAAUGUAGGGAUUGUAGCCAAGGGUUUCCAUAUGUUUCUUGUUGUUGAAAACAGUAUGGCUGAUAGCAUCCACCUACAAUUCCAGAAUACAAUUGCCACUUUCUAAUAAGCAUGUUGAUAGAUCAAAACUGCUUCAUAGAAAUCACAGUCAAAACAUAUUUUGAAAUCUGACUCUCCCCGAGUAUUAAAGCAGGGAUCCCCAACAUUUUGAACUUGUGAGCAACAUUAAGAAGUAAAAGGAGUUGGGGAGCAACACAAGCAUGAAACAUUUUCCAGGGGUGCCAAAUAAGGGCUGUGAUUGGCCAUUUGGUAGCCCCUAUGUGGAUUACCAACCUACAUUGAGGCUCUGUUUGGCAGUGCACUUGGUUUUAUACAACCAAAACUUGCCUGGAAUUAAAAAAUAAGCACCUGCUUUGAGGCCACUGGGAGCAACAUCCAAGGUCUUGGAGAGCAACAUGUUGCUCAUGAGCUACUAGUUGGGUACGACUGUAUCAAAGUGUUAUUGCCGCUCCUUAACAAUCUAUAUACAAGAAUCAUUUUUAAGGCAUUUUCCCAAUUUAAAGUUUAUUCUGGCCAUCUUUUAUAACUGUGACAAGUGCAUCCCUCAAUUGUGCCUAAAAUAUUAAAUCAACUAAUGUUUUUACACUUAAAGAUAUACAAGGAACAUGUAUUUUUACAGGACUCCAUACAAGCUGCUAAGUAACCACUUUGUAGGGAAAAAAGAUAAGUCUCAGCUGUUCCAUGUUACAUAUUCUAGCUGUGGAUGUGACACUGGAAAGAAAUUUCUGAAGCCUGACCCUUGAGCUUCCUAAAGUUAGCUCACAAAGCAUUAUAAUGCAAACACUGAACAUUUUUAAACUUGCAGUUCAUCAUUAUGUUUGAUAGAGAACGGCGCUUUUUUUGCCACCCGUGACGUUGGUUUGCAUCUGAAAGCCCAUAAUACAAAUAUUUAAAAAUACACGGACUCCAAUUUUCAUCAUUAAAUCAUGAAUCGUAAAGAUGAACUGAAAGCACAACAAAGCCUGACCAACCUACCCGGUACAUAAAACAGAGAAGACUCACUGAUAACACAGUCACAAUGGGAAAUAACUUCAGAUAUUCAACUGAUGGUCCUAGUGGGAACUUUAAUAACUGGUCUGUAUAUAUAUAUAUAUAUAUAUAUAUAUAUAUGUGUGUGUGUGUAUGAGUAAAGUGAUUUUCCUCUGUAAGUGCAAAGUAAUAGCCCAGAAAUGUUUCUGUGUUCUAGAAUGUAAGGUUCACCUCUUACAUCAGCUCUUGGUCAUCUCUUGGGUCAUCUCAUACUUUGGGCUUGAGAUGACCUUGUCAGGCAAGGGAGGUGGAUGGAUACAAAGGCACAACAGAUUUUACAGUUUUUAUUUUGCUAAUAUGAAUAGAGAAAGAAAUCUUAUCAAUUGUAAUUAGAGAUAUUUUUUAUAAUAGAUACUGUUUACAUGUGUGAAUAAAGUUUAACUUUAGCCAGUG